GGAUCUUCAUUCAGUGGAACAACAUUGGACAGGACCUCUUGGAUUUGAGGGCAAAUCGCAGAAAACUGGAAGGGUUGAGAUAUAUGCUGCACGACUAAUUUACGAUUAGCUAGUGAAGCACACUCAAGAAACAACCUACCUCAGGAAUAUCUGAAAAACACGAAUCGAACCGAGCCACGUGGAAAAUUCUGAAAAUCUGAAAAUCGCAGAAACAUAACGGGUAGAACAAUGGUCAGCAGACUCACAAAGGCAAUGGGAGCGCUCUCUCAACAUGAUGAGGAUGACUACGUACAUGACAGUAAUGCAUCACAGACAGAACAGCGUCGCAAGAGUGCAAGACUCAACAAAAAUUCAGAUCACGAUAUGAGUCUCGGCGUUCUUAAGGAUCCUCAUGAUUCUGGAACAGAGUCGGAUGAAGAGGAAUUGCAGACAAUUACAUCCAGAUGCGGUGAUCCUCUUGAAUGUCUCCGUGAUUAUGACGACUAUCUUCAUUCGAACCCUCCAAGAGUCUCAGCUUCACCAGCUUGGAAGCGUGAUCGUGAUGAAACGGAAAGUUGGGACAGUUUCGGUCGUGAAUCGGGAAUCAUGACUGGCGACAAUGACUCCGAUAACGACGGUCUUGCCACACCAACUCCAGCUCGUCGUCGUCUUCGCGAGGAAGCUAGCUCUCCGAGCCCAGGCAAACGUGGUCAUGAAGAAUCGAACCCAAUGGCUGAUCAUCCAAUUGCUUGGCGUCUUCGUUCAUUCAACAAUGAUCGUGCAGUUAAGGUCGCAGCUCGUCGUUGUCCAGUUCAAGUUCUGAUCAAUCGCCCACCAAUCCCAGUUGCAUACCGUUUCGAUGAUCACGUGGAAGCUGAAAUUGAAGCAGUUGAACUGAUGCCACCGGCGCCGGCGCCAAAAAGAGGACGACGUAACAGUCAUCGUCCAUCUUUGGAUUUCGAGAAGAUGGUUCAGACUCGCAUUGAGGAGAUUGCACCAUCAUCUGGAACUUCUGCAUUCUGUUCUGGACCAGUCACUCGUUCCCAAAUCAAUCAAUAACUUAAUCUCGUUUUGUUUUUCCUUUCUUCUCUAACAUUUGUUCAUCCUUUUCUGUUUUCCUUCACUCAUUAAUGACCGUUGAAUCUUUAAAUUUCGAUCAUCGACUUUUCGAAAUCCCGAAACGGGCUUGCUCAAUUCAAGCGGCAUUCCUUUUUUGUUCUCCAUUUUUCCUGAAAUCAAUGGUAGUUUUAAUUCAUUCCGUUUAGUUGUUUUGUUUAGUGAUUUCUUUUCUUAAAAUCAUUCUUAUCACUUUAUUAUCUCUUUUUGCCUGCUGCUCUCUGUUUCCCAAUGUCGAGAUUUCGUCAAUUCGUAAUCACUCAAACGGUUCGUUCUUCAUCUUAUCUCUAUCGAAAAAUUGAAAAAUGUUGUCAAAAAAUUUGAAAAAAUUGUCAAAACCAUUUUCAAAAAAAAAUGCUCUCUUGAAAUCAUUUAUUGUUCGUAGGGUUUCUUAGAUGAAAAUCCCCAUGAUAUUUCCAAAGGUUCUUCCCUUUUUUCCCUGGUAGUAUUGAUUAGCAUUUCCAUCCGAUUCCCAAAAAUCAUUCAAUAGUCACUUGGCCCCCAAGUUGUGCAUUUUCUCAUUUUUUUUUCCAUUCAAUUUGAAAGUAUUUAUCACUUUUCUACCGAAACUAGAUCCCCAAAAUCAUGUAUCUCUUGCAGUCCUCUCCCUCUCUCUCAUUUCCACUUUUUUUCUAAUUUCAAUUUAUUUUCAUCGCAAUACCUCCAAAUCGUGUCUCCCUCCCACCUAUACUGCUUUUUAAGAAGCUUUCUAGAUUCUCUAAUACUGAAAAUCACAAUUUUUAAUAUUUCAGUACAACCUUCCCGUCACUUUUAAUAUACACUCUGGAAUUUUUUAUAUGUUACCCAUUUGUUGAUGCAUAAGUUGAAAGCAUUGGUUCUUUUUUUUACGUUUUUUAUUGCAAUAAUAAUUAAUAUUGAUAAUCG